AUGCGAGACCCUGAGGGCGCGGAGGCUAUGGAGAGGCGGGUCGCGUCGAUAAGACACGCAGGUGCGCUGGAGGGCGCGCCUGUCCCGCUCCCGUUUUUGGACGCUGAAGUGAUCUCUGUGCCGGAGGCUUCGGAGCCAGGCAAACGCGCGAUUCAUGGCUGCUGCGCCGCCCUCCGUGCAGAGGCCCCUAUCGGGAGACGCCAGUUUAAGGCUCUGAUGGACCUCGCGCGCCCUGCCUGUGUGACUGCGGCGUUCUGGUCGCUGAGGCAGAUCACGCCACUCCGAAAAAGUGGCCCAGUCUUCGUGCGUGUCGUGGCAGUCUUGAGGCCAGUCUCCAUUGCCAAGGCGACGGCGUCAGUGCAAGACGCCGGGCUGAAGAAGAAGUUCGUUACAGAUCUUGCCAGCGAGGAGGAGAGUUUUGCGAAGCAGCGCAGUUAUUACGUGACCAAGGCGCGUUUCCUGGCUUCCGCGGCACUGCAUUCUCUUCAAGUUGUUCAGCACUGUGCUUUUGUAUGAGGCCGGCUUACGUACAUGGUUUGUGCUGGCAUGGGCUGCGAAAGCGACGAAGCUCAGCGUAUGCGAUACCAGGUGCGUAGCUCCGAGCAGGUCGCGGGGAACACCGCUUUCAGGCGGCGGCACCGGGCGCGGCCGGUCUGCGGUAAUCGUCCGGAGGAGGAGCGUCCCUGGCUGCUCCGAGGGCCCCCCCUUGGUCAGGGCGGACUGUGUCCAGCGUCGGGCAGUGGGGGCUCUGGGCCCCGGUCCCUGCGCUGCGCGCCUCGGGGCAGCCGUUUUUGCAAGUGGCUCCGUGCAGGCUUCCGUGCCCCCUGCCCCCUGCUAUAUCGUUUUGUUCCUUCUUUGGCUGUUGGCACAAGUGGCACAGCCUUUCAAUCCCGUCGCCAACGAGGAAGCACUUGAGGCCAAGGUCGAGGGGGUAGAUGAGGGGAAGCUUGCGGCCUCCAGAAGUGCCCGAGACAUUCGCACGCCUACGGCUCUCAUGCAUUAGUGCCAAGCUCUAAAUCUGGUUUUCUUCACAUAAUUUCAGAAAGUAUGGACACGCAGGAUCAUAUCCAGGUCUGUGAUGCGGCGACAGCACAGAGGGCUGGACUGUAUUGUUAAGGCUGCCAGGGCUAUAUGGUUGUAUGUCCUGCCUGUCCCUUCUCCUCAUCGAAAUU